AUGGCCAGUGCUGCACCAACUGCUUUAUCCACAAAGGAAACAACAAACUAUGCCAGGUUGUGCCGUCUGCUGGUUGAUAUUGGAACCCAAGCUCUUCGAGAUACGUUUGAUGCCAUCCAUGCACCAGGAAAUUUACACUCAGUUUUGGCGGCAAAGAAGCCCACCUUACAAUCUCUUAGAAAGCAGAAGGUUAUCAAUCACAUACAAUGGGGGAAACUUUACCCUGCCAUCCUUACCUCAGUGUCUUCUCGUGACUUUGACACAACUUUGCUGAUGGUUCUGUUACGGAACCUAUGCGGCUUAACUGCUCCGCCGACUGGCUGGGACGCAUUUCCUGCCAUAACAGACCUUAGCAAGGAAGCAGACAUUGCCCGAGUUAAGUAUUUUAGGAACACUGUGUACGGUCACGCUGAGAAAGCUUCUGUUGAUGACGUGAAGUUCAAUGACUACUGGCGUGACAUCAGGGACACUCUGGUCAGACUGGGAGGUGUUACUUAUGAAGCUGCCAUUGAUAAUCUUAGAAACGAGUGCAUGGACCCUGAAGUUGAAGGUCACUUCCUGGAAUUACUGAGUCAAUGGAAAAAGGACGAGAACAGCAUUAAAGAUCAGCUGGACGUAAUUACGAAAAAUCUUGAAGUCCUGACGUCAAAAGAUGAAGGUAAGAUACAUAAGUAAUUUGUAAAUUAUCAUGGAUGAAAAGGUUGAAAGCCUAUCAUUUUUUAAUAUGUUCGGUAAGAGAGGAGUUUUUCGUUGCUACAAAAAGGAGUCUGGCCCGCCCUUUGACCUUCCCGACUAAUACUUUUGACGGACUAGCACUCAGUUGUAGGUGAAAUGACAUAACAGCCCCACCCUUACCCCAUACUUUUUGGAUAUGAAUGACAAAUGUGAUGCUUUUCUGUACUGAUAAAAAUGAGGAUGCAACAUUAUUAUUUACAACCAUUGGGGAUUUAAGUGAAAUAGUUCUUUCACUGAAGGACACAAAAGAAGAAAUGCUCAGUUUAGGAGUCGACCAUCAGAUAAAUAUUUCAGAUUUUAUUCCUUUGAGUGAUAGGAGACUUUUAGCUGGGGCGUGAAAGAACAGUUUCACGUGGAGAAAAUGAUAAUAACUAAAAUAAAAUUUAAAUGUUGGGGACUUUGUAUAGGUUUUUAUCGUAAGACGGAAGGGGGUGGUGCCCACGGUCUGUAUCACACCCAGGGGCUUGUUCCAUUGGUCAUAAAGCGCUACAGCUUAUGAAUGUUUACAGGAGUGUUCAUAGUUUCCAGCCAUGCUCUCUUCCUGAUGGUUAAUAAAUUUUUCGUGCCAGAUCAAGCUCCUUUUGGAAAUCGAGUCCACAGAGAAAACCAUGGGAGUUCUAUUCUGGGGAAAUUGACUGGAAAUGUCGAUCUGCAUAGUGGCCAGGUACGUGCAUAUCCGUCGCUGAAGCGUCUUAUCAGCCAUAUCUUAGGUUUUAUAUCAUUUAUCACUGAGCUGGAAAACGAAAUAAACAAUUCCAGAAUCAUUAAUUUUAGUUAAUACUAAAACAGUAAUUGGCUACUCAAAGUCCGAAUGUAACGUACUCUGAUAUUCACCGCCUAGCAACUCGCGCGGGAUUUGCCCCCAAAAAUAUUUUAAUCUUUACAAAAAUAAAGUUAAAACCAUCUUUUUAUAUUAAAUCAUCUUACUGUUUUACUAGUACAUACUGAAACAACUUUUCAGUUGAUUUCAGUGUCGUUGGCUACCCAUGGAUAUUUAUACCUCAUAUCUGCGCAGGUCGUUAAAAGUCCACCGGCCACCUUCACUUUGGUGAAUAGCUGUUGACUAGAAUUUGUGAAUGAUCGUGAAAUUUAAAUUACAAACAGUUUCAAUGAUCUCAAAGCAAACGAGAUCGAAGGGUUCAAACUUUCUCUUUCUUCAAAUCAGUUGGAUAUCUUAUUUAAUAUGAAUAACGCUUUAAAAGAAACCAAAAUUAUAAAUGAAAUAAAUAAAUAAAUAAACUUUACUCAAGUGUCGUGUAACUUUAGUAUGGUAUUGCUAAUUGGGGACAUCGUAACAUAAAUAAAAAAAAAAUAAAAGAUAUACACUCAAACGUGUGGGAAUUAAAAAACUAUUAUAAACAUGCUACUAAGUAAUACUAAGUAAUACUAAGUAAUACUAAGUAAUAGAAAUAUAGAGUUGUGUGUAUAUAAACAAUCUUAAGAAUUGUGGGAUUAUAGUUUAAGAAUGACACAGAAAACCGCCAAUUGGAUAUUUCUCGAGCAAAAAACUUUCUGGGUCCAUUUAUACAAGUAAGUAUGCUUCCCUGAUAGAAAGUUUUCCAUAGUUUAGACGUAUUAUAUCUCGGUAUAACAAAGUCUGAUGUACGUAAAUUGUAAUUAGUUUCUAUUAUUUGGAAUAAUUCAGAGAUGUACUUUGGAGAUAGUCCAUUUUUGACGUUGAACAUUUACACCAUUAGGUCUUGCAAUCUUCUAUUACGCAAUGUUGGUAAUCCUGCUUUCUUUGAUAGCUUUUCGUAUGUUGAUACUCUUUCCUUGAAAACUCCGCUCUCCGUCCCUUUUCCUGUAUCCUCUCCAGUUUCCGCUGAACAGAUGCUCUACAGAAUAGUUUAGCUUCGGGAGAAUUACCGCUUUAAACAGAUGUAACUUCGUCUUUUCGGGAACUAGGUGCUUCAUUCUCGAGAGGACAACAAUUUUGCAAUUUGCUUUCUGACAGACUUGUUAAAUGUGUGCACCAAAGCUAAGUUUAUUAUCUAUUAGGACUCCUAUUGAUAGUGUUAAGGAACUCCAAUUCAAUUUCUUCAUUGUUAAUGAAAAUCUGCGCCUCUUGUGUAUUCCUUGCUUUUGAGGCUAGACACAGUGUCUGGAAUUUGUCUUUGUUUGCCGGCAGGAAAUUAUAUUUUAUAUCAGUCGCAUACAAUCUGAGCCUCGUUGUUUAACAGAGUAGCAAUGUUUCAAUCAGCUGAUGAGAGGCACAUAUUUGAAGAUCGUCUGCGUACGUAGAAAAAUCACAGUUGUUAAUACUAUAACUUAAGUCAUUCUGAAACACGUUCCAUAGCAAUGGUUCGAGACAUGAUCCCUAAGGGCAGCCUUCUCUUAUAUCGUGCCAAGAGCUGUUAACUCUAGCAAACUUAACCCUUCCCUGCCGAUCUUAGAAAUACGAUCUUAAGAGAAGCAAUGACUCGUCAGAGAAAUUACAGGCUUGUAGUUUCUUGAUCAUAAGCGACGGAAGGAGAGAGUCAAAUGCUUUGCUAGUGUCAGUAGAGGUGACCCCCACAAACUUUCCUUUGUCAAUGGCUAGUCUCCAAUCUUCUACGAAUUUUAUUAGGGCUGUCUGAAAGCUUUGACCCUUUCUGUAGGUUGACAUGUUUUGGGAAAGAUGCGAAUCCACUUUAGUUACUACUUGCCUACUUAGCAACUGUUCAAAGACUUUGUUUACAACAUUUAACACUGUCACGGGCCUAUAGUUCUUCUCUAUUUUUUCAUCUUUCUUGAAAACAGGUACCCAAUCCCUUCUCUUCCAUCUCUUGGGACAAUACCCAGAUGUUAUUGAUAGAUUAAAGAUUUUGUUAGUGAGGGUGCAAGUUCCUUUGCGGCUAGCUUCAAGAUUCUUGGCGGUAUUAAGUCGGAACCAGUGGACUUUGAAGGAUUAAGACCAUCUAAGGCUUUAGCAGUUUCGCCUUAAGAGAUCUCUGUAAAUGUGAACGUAUCAGUAGAAGGCCAGUUGUUUUCAAUGUUUGUGACACUUGGAUGGCUGUAAAAUCGUCCUCUGUUGAAUAUAAGCUAGAUUUACCACUAAUAUCGUUAGCAAAGGUAGAAAAAUAACCAGCAAAUCCUUUCGCAACUACGUUUUGGUCUUUAGCUACAGUUCCAUUCACAUUCAAUAACAUACAAUCAUUAGCGGAGGAUCGAUUUCCGUUUGCCAGAAGAGGUUUGAAAGUUUUGAAGAAUUCCCGUGGUUUAGAGUUCAAUUCCUCAGAUUUUUACUUUAGGGAUUUUUUUUUAAUUAAUUUUUUUAAAAUUUAAAUUUACUUCUUUCAUCCUAAGUUCACAUUUAAAGGACGAGUAAUUUCCUACAAUUCCCGCGGAAGGUUUCACUCUUUUGGAGAACCUUGGGUUUACGACGCCAGUGCCUGUGACAUAGAGAGUGGUAUCAGCUGUAAGGAACGUGGUUAUCAUGUCAGGUACGAUGCUGUGCAGAAUGCUGUGGAGAAACUCAAGGGAAUGCUCAAGAGCGAAGGGCUCCUUUACGAGUCGUGA